UGCUGUGUGCGGUGGCCGCCGGCUCCGGAGAGCGCGUUGUGGCACUCGGGUUCCUCUCUAAAAUGGUGCCAGCAGCCUCAGCGCGGAGCAAGCGCGUGCAGUGGCGGAUACGUGCCAGGAGAGCGGGGAAGGCUCUGCUGCUGCCGAAAGGGAGCACAACAAGCUGGGUAUUUGAGAGAUUAUGGCAUCUGAAGCUCACAAUGUUAAGAAACAGAAAGUCUUGCUUAUUGAAGGUCAUCCCAUUGAUCUCCCCAGAAAAAGAAUCUCUUCUUCCACUAAAAAGAUCAUGAAGGAGGGUAAGAAAUCUCCAAAACAGCUGGCUUCAUACACAAACAGAGUAACAGUCGGAAAAACGGUGACCAGUCCCCUCUCUCUUUUCAAAGUGGUGUAUUGUAAAAGGAAAGUUCAUUGUUAUACUCCAAAGCCUUGUUACAGAAAGAAGCUGUGCCCUAAAUCUAGGGGCCGUGACAUGGCAAAUAAAGAAAAUGAACUGGCUUGUGCAGGGAAUCUGCCAGCAAAACUUCACAACAGUCGGACACACUUGCUGAAUUCUAGUGACUCUGGCUCGUCUCAAACAGAAGGCCCCUCAUCCAAAUACAGUGCAUUUUUUUCAGAGGUUUCUCAGGACCAUGAAACUAUGGCUCAAGUUCUUUUCAGCAGGAAUCUGAGACUGAACGUAGCUUUAACCUUUUGGAGAAGGAGAAGUAUAAGUGAACUGGUAGCCUACUUAGUGAGGAUACAGGAUCUUGGAGUAGUAGUAGACUGCCUUCCUGUGCUUACGAACAGUUUACAGGAAGAAAAACCAUAUGUUUCAGUUGGCUGCUGUGUAGAUCUUUUGCCUUUAGUGAAAUCUCUGCUUAAAAGCAAAUAUGAAGAAUAUGUGAUAGUGGGUUUAAACUGGCUUCAGGCUGUCAUUAAAAGAUGGUGGUCAGAACUAUCUGCACAUACAGAAAAGGCAGAAGAUGGAAACAUUCAUAUUUUAAAACAACAUCUAAGUGUUUUGUGGGAACAGGAGAAUCAUCUUACUCUGGUUCCAGGAUAUACUGGUAAUAUAGCUAAGGAACUAUGCCUAUUUCUCAGGAAAGAGUCUUCUACUCUUGGAUCACACAGAGACUGUCCAGCCAGAUACUGGGCUGUGUAAAAGCCUGCAGUGGAACUUGCUGGUGGUUCACCUGAGCUCAAGCUCUCUGUGGCCUUGCUGAAGAAUGCUCCUCUUCCAGGUAGCUACACUGCAGCCUUUAGGAGGUCCGGUUGCUUUUUCACUGAGCAUCACACUAUCUCAUUCACAAAGGAAAAUCACAUAAAAUAACAUCCUCACUUUCAGAGAUGAGCAGAGUGGUGGUUUUGAUUUAGAUUGUUUGUUUCUUUUCUAGACAAGUAUUACCUGGGAUCUCAGUGCAAUGUAUAUUUUUGUGAAGAGUUUAUGCACUGUUUCUUCCCUUCUCUCUCCCACCCACCAGUCCCCACAACUUCUGCAUGAAAACAAAGCAGUCCUGGCAAUUACUUGAAUUUGUUUCCUCCUCCUAAUAUUUGGACAUGUCAGUAUCUAAAAACAUACCUCUGCACUUGCAAGAAGUAAUUCUAAACUAGACAGCACAGUCUCUGUCAGCUGAAAUGAACACCAGUUGUAAGAUGCUUUGCUGAAUUCUUCAGGCUUGCAGGAGACAGGAAAAGUUGUAAAUUAAAUCCUGCAACAGUCUUUCAGUAGAUCAUAGUUACUUUAUUUGCCUAAAAUAAGAAUCUAAAAGCAAAGCACAAAGUUAAAUUCAGGACUUUUGCUAUCUGUGGCAAAGCUACAACUUCCAGUGAGCCCUGGAUUUUACCAGCCAUAAUACAGAGCUUCCCAGAGGAGCCUGCUGUCAAAUAUAUUUACAGUACAUUUACAAAUAAUGAAAACAAGUAGCUAGAGGAAAGAAAAGUCAUUGCAAGGUCACUUAUGCUGUUAUUUUCUUCCAAAAAUGUAUGAGAAAUAGAAAAAAUGAGCCAUUUUUAUUUAGCUCAAAAAAUGGAGAAAGGAGACAUAGGCCUCCGAACCCAUGAAUCAUGGCAAGUACAAAACUUCAUGCUGCAAUUGGAAAGACCUUUUAUGAUAAUGCUAGUAUUAUAAAUCUAAAAAUUAUUUCAUUUAACCCCACAGGGCUUAUUUGAGAAUUGGCAAAUCCUGCAUCAGGCUAAGUUAUUAAAGUUUAAAAAAUAGGUAUUAAUAUAAUACAGAUGGAACCACUGUACUCACAUAGGACUCUUACUUACCUCUGGUCUGAGGCUGACAUAGAUACAUUUGAGUCAAACAGGAACUACUACUUAUUACAAAGCUGUUAAUCAUGUAGCCUUAAUGAAGCUGUUUAGCACACUGAAUAGCAAUGUAACAACGCAUAGAAAAUUAGCUUGUUUGCCAUUGAUUAAUGAUAGAUAAUGUGUGCAGUUCCCCACAGUGGGACAUUUGAGCAGUUUUCCGUCAUGUACAAACUCAGGUUCAUUAAGGCAUGUCUUUACUUGCACAGUCUGAUUCAGCAUAAAAACCCACACAAACAGGAAUGCACUUUAAAGAUAAAAACAAGAUUCAUAUUUAGCUUACUGAAAGUGUAAUGGAGGUGUAAUGAACCUCCAAAUUAUUUCAUUCAGAUAAACAAGACAAAGAUGAAAGGACUUAUUUCAACAAUAGCUUGAAAAGAGUUACAGGAGAAUUACAGAUCAAUACAUUGAAAGAGGACAGUAGGAAAAAGUUACCAACAGUUAUUCUUCUAAGUGUUGAAUUUCAAAGAAAUAGCAACUUGGUAAACUUGUUUAGGUAUCAGCUGUGUGCGUGUAGGGUUAUGUAUCUCAAAUGCCAGCUUUGUACAGAAAAGGUGCGUACAAAUGAACUUAAAACCAAGGAGAGUUACAGUUCUCAGCUUCUCAAAAAUGGACAGAUUUUGUUUAAAAUAAAAAGGUUUCAACAGGUACUGCUGAAGAUUGACUUCAGUUCAGAGCAACUGUCAUUUUCUCUGUAAAUGAGAAAAGGAGUUUAAGACCCAGCUUUGUUCCUUUUGCUUUGUCAAAUAUUGUGAGCUCACAGGUUUUACUACUUUUCAUAUUUAGUUUGAGUCUAGAUUAGCUAAUAGUACACACUGUAAUAGCUUUUGUUAACAUUUUUAAUACACCAAAGAAAAUGUUUAUCGUCAGAAAUUGCUACUCCAAUUCCACUUGCAGUGUUAUACUUUUUAAUUCCACUAAAAAUUGUGUAAA